GGAAUUUGGCUUAGCACUAUGAUGUCAGCUGUAGACCUUCUGCAGUAAGCACACAAAGGUUAUGCUGCCCAAAAGCUCUCCACUGAGUCAGAGUGAAAAAGAAAAGGGUUAAAUAUUGUCCCGUCCCAACCCGGUCAUUGCACCCACGUGCCCUGCGUUGGCAGCAACGAGCAAACCAUGAGUGACUCCCAGGUCUCCAGUGCUGUUGCAGGGGCCGCGGCCCCCAUUGUCCACACACCAGAGUCAACAGCCCAGCCCUCGCAUUCUGUUCGCCAGGAGGAGGAAGAGGGAGACCUGAACAAGGCCCUCGGGGUGGAGAGCUUCCAGGAGAUCCUGCACACCAUCCCCUUUGUGCCAGAUGAGCACUAUCGGCCGUACAAUGAGGAGGACUUUGAGUACCACCGUCAGUCUUCACACCAUAUUCAUCACCCGCUGUCCAAACUCCCAUCCGAAGGACGCAAGAGAAAGAGCAGCAAGAAAAAGAAAGGAGGGGGCGGGGGUGAUGGGGGCAGUAGUGGAGCCCGCAGGAGCAGCCUGGGGGGAACUGGGGCCCUGACCAUAGAGGAGGGAGAAGAGGAGGAAGAGCAUGGAAAUCCAGUCAAUACAGCAGAGCUCCCAAGUCAUGGAGAAGACUGCGAAACCCAGACUGAGGACAUACAGUUUUUUGUCUCAGAUGACCCCUCGGAAGACACGUCUACUAGUCCGGUGAUCCCCCGCGGCCUCGCUGUCGUACCGGAGUCAGCCCUGGGUACAGGCACGGCCGUUCCGGAGGGAUCCCUGCCCAGCGACGCCCACGACCCCGCAGUGACCCGGUCCGAAAGCAGUAACGGAGCACCGGGCAUCGGCACCGGCAGCGGCCCGGACCAACAGGGACCACUGGGUCGUGUCCUCUCUGCCAGCCACAGCUACGACCUGCAGGAGCGGCGCCGCACGGGCAACAUGACGGGCACCGAGCAGGCACGCUACCAGCGCAUCCCCACGGAUGAGAGCGAGGCCCAGACGCUGGCCACUGUCGAUCUGGAUGGGAUCAAGAGCCAUCGAUUUGAGGACGUCCCAGGGGUGAGACGGCAUCUGGUCAGGAAGAGCACCAAGGGCCAUGUGGUACACAUCAGCAAGGAGUACACGGAGCCCAGCACCCGCAGCCGCAAACUGGACCGUACCCCCCAUGAGGUGUUUGUGGAGUUGAAUGAGCUGAUUGUGGACAAGAACCAGGAGCUGCAGUGGCGGGAGACGGCUCGCUGGAUCAAGUUUGAGGAGGACGUGGAGGAGGAGACGGACCGCUGGGGAAAGCCCCACGUGGCCUCGCUGAGCUUCCGCAGCUUGCUGGAACUCCGCAAAACCAUUUCCCAUGGGGCUGUGCUUUUGGACCUGGACCAGAAGACCUUACCUGGCAUUGCUCACCAGGUGGUGGAGCAGAUGAUCAUCUCCGAUCAGAUCAAGGCAGAAGACCGAGCUAAUGUAUUGAGAGCUUUGCUGCUGAAACACAGCCAUCCAAGCGAUGAGAAGGAGCACAGCACCUUCCCCAGGAACAUUUCAGCUGCCAGCCUUGGAUCCCUAAUUCACCACAGCACUAACCACAUUGCUCAGCCUGAGCCCUCUGUCACAGAUCCACUCAUGGGUGGCACCGGCUCUGAGGCUGAAACACACAUUGAUAUAGAUAAGCAUGAGAAGGAGGCUCCUCAGACACUGGGCAUGCAUAGGUCCAAGUCCAAACAUGAGCUGAAGCUACUGGAGAAAAUUCCUGAAAAUGCUGAGGCAACUGUAGUCCUUGUUGGCAGCGUUGACUUCCUAGAACAGCCCACAAUGGCUUUUGUCCGCCUACAAGAGGCAGUAGAGUUGGACUCUGUGCUGGAAGUUCCAAUACCAGUCCGGUUUCUGUUCGUUCUACUGGGACCGCCUUGUACCACUAUGGACUACCACCAGAUUGGGCGCUCUAUCUCUACACUUAUGUCUGACAAGCAUUUCCAUGAGGCUGCCUACCUCGCUGAUGACCGCCAAGACCUGCUCAAUGCCAUAAACAGCUUCCUGGACUGCAGCAUCGUUCUGCCUCCCUCUGAGGUCGGAGGUGAGGAGCUGCUGCGCUCUGUGGCACGUUUCCAGAGAGAGAUGCUGCGAAAGAGGGAGGAGCAGGAGGUGAAGUUCCAGGCCAAGGAGCCCAAGUCACCUGAGGAGAAAGCUUUUCUCACCCCCUUCAAGCCUAGUGAUGACCCUCUAAGGAGGACUGGAAAGCUCUUUGGUGGAGUCAUUCGUGAUGCAAGGCGCCGUUACCCUAAGUAUGUCAGCGACUUCAAGGAUGCCCUAAAUGCCCAAUGCAUGGCCGCUGUUAUUUUCAUCUACUUUGCCGCCCUAUCUCCUGCCAUAACGUUUGGGGGUCUGUUGGGUGAGAAGACAGAGGGUCUUAUUGGUGUAUCUGAGCUCAUUGUGGCAACAGCAGUGCAAGGUGUGCUGUUCUGUCUGCUUGGGGCCCAGCCACUUUUGGUGGUGGGCUUCUCAGGUCCCAUCUUGGUCUUUGAGGAGGCUUUCUUUACAUUCUGCAAGGGCAAUGGGGUGGAGUACCUGACGGGGCGUGUUUGGAUUGGGUUCUGGCUCAUCCUGAUUGUGGUACUCACUGUAGCCUUUGAGGGAAGUUUCCUGGUGCGUUUUGUCUCACGCUUCACGCAGGAAAUAUUUUCUAUUCUAAUAUCGCUGAUCUUCAUCUAUGAGACCUUCUCCAAGCUUGUCAAGAUAUUCCACGAGCAUCCGCUGCAGCGGUGUUCCCUCGACAACAUCACCAUGGAGAACUCCACCGUGGAGGAUGUCACAGUUGUGAACACCAGCACAGUGCUCCAGCUGAACAGCAGCAGCCCUGGGCUGGUGAAGACAUGGGGCGAGCCCAACACCGCCUUGCUCUCCUUGGUUCUUAUGUCUGGCACCUACUUUAUUGCGUUUUAUCUGCGCAAGUUCAAAAACAGCGCCUUCUUCCCUGGCAGGCUUCGCAGAGUUAUUGGCGAUUUUGGUGUCCCAAUUGCCAUCCUCAUCAUGGUUUUGGUGGACUACAGCAUCCAGGAUACAUAUACACAGAAAUUAAGUGUGCCAAGUGGCUUCUCUGUGACCAGCCCAAAAAAGCGAGGCUGGUUGAUCAACCCACUAGGAUCCAAUGGUGAUUUCCCUAUCUGGAUGAUGGCAGCAAGCAUCCUUCCAGCCCUGCUGGUCUUCAUCCUGAUUUUUAUGGAGACGCAAAUCACUACGCUGAUUGUUAGUAAAAAGGAGCGGAUGCUGGUAAAGGGCUCUGGGUUCCAUCUGGACCUCCUGGUCAUUGUGUCCCUGGGUGGAAUGUCUGCGCUCUUUGGCUUACCCUGGAUGGCUGCCGCUACUGUGCGCUCUGUCACACACGUCAAUGCUCUGACUGUCAUGAGCACAGCCGUUGCUCCUGGAGAUAAGCCGCGCAUCCAGGAGGUCAAGGAGCAGAGAGUAACUGGGCUGCUAGUAGCGAUACUCGUAGGCUUGUCAAUAGUUAUUGGAAAGCUGUUGGGUCAGAUCCCAAUUGCAGUGCUCUUUGGAAUAUUCCUCUACAUGGGAGUGAUGUCACUCAACGGCAUCCAGCUGGCUGAGCGUAUCCAGCUGCUGCUUAUGCCAGCCAAGUACCAUCCUGAUCACACUUACGUGCGCAAGGUGCGUACAUUACGCAUGCACCUGUACACAGGAAUACAGAUGGUGUGCCUGGCACUGUUGUGGGCCGUCAUGUCCACUGCAGCAUCGUUGGCCUUCCCCUUUGUCCUUAUCCUCACUGUCCCCGUGAAGAUGUUCCUUCUACCACGGAUCUUCAGUGCCCGGGAGAUGCAAUCUCUGGAUGCAGAUGAUGCAGAACCCACCUUUGACGAGAAGGAGGGGCAAGACGAGUACACUGAGAUGCACAUGCCCGUGUGAGGCCGCGCCGUGUAACCGUGAAUGUUUCGCCCAGCGACGCAUCCUGCUCGGCGCCCCACGGAUCAGCUGUUUAGCGACAUUCAUCAUUUGCGUACCUGCAAACGUUUUAGUCAUUCCAAUUGAUUUUAUCAUAUUUUACUGUUUAUUUUAAGAUUGAUCUUAUUCAUAGAAUCCACAGUUUUGACCUACUGGGGGCCGUUUUUAAAUUGUGUUCUGAUUUGCCGGAAUGUAAUUUUUCUCCCGACGUGAUCCUUGCUACAUCGCAGUAAGGGGUUGAGAGAGUUUGGGUCAGGGGUGUACAGAACCAGCUUUCUUCCAUACAGUGUAAAAUCUGCAAUGGAGUCGCUGUAGAGGAGCGUCAGAGGUCACAUCUGGCUUCGGUGUUACUGAUAAUCAGUUAUGACUCUAUGCAAUGCAGAAUAUAAAUGCAUCGAUCAGCAGAUGAAUGCUGUGGUUUCUAUCCUGUAUCAUAUGCGCAAGCCUUCAUGUCCAGUGCAUUUUAAUUUAAUAUUAAAAUACUAUUAAAAUUUUGCCUUAACUUUGGACUAAAUGUGUGAAGGUGGGAUGACUAUGGUUCCUUUCCCCCUUCUUAAUGUGGUAAAGUCACAUUGAUGCUGAGACUGAACAGUCCAGUUGUACUGCUGUUACCUGGUCCUAUUAGUACAGUUUAGUUUACUCUGUGUACAGUCAGGGUUUAUCACCUUGGUUAUACAAAAGUUGCUCUUAAAUUGCACUAAUAUUUCAGCCACUGUGUAGAGAUUCAGUAAUUCCUCCAAACUACUACUUUACAAUUAGUGCUCAGUUGUACGAGUGGGAGCAACUUGCAUAGGUAACAUUUAGUAUGAGUAGUGAACGUUCCCUAUAGUGUGCAACUCCGAUAAAUUUUAUUUUUGUUACAUAUUCAUAGAAUGCGUGUUGCCUUUAGGAAUCAUUUUAAUGCUUGCACAAUAAGCACUUUAAGAAUUGUGGACUUUUCGUAAAUAUAGUACAUCAUCCAGAUGACCAAACAGAUCAAGCACUUUUUUUUUCUUCCCCAAAUUUACAGUAUAGUUAGUAGGAAUGUGUUUAUAAAAUUGAACGUAAGGCUUCUUACGUUGAAACUACAUGUCCCAUUAAAGUGAACUGUACCUAAGCUGUUAAAACAAGGUUUUUGCAAAUAAAUGAUUUCUAGAGGGUGGUGGGAUAUACACAAUGUUAAGGGGAAUUCGCAGACACACAAUAGUGGCUUAAUUGUAAGCAACACCUAAGGGAAGAUCUUGGGUUGUUCCUUUGAUAAAUGUUUCUCUAUAGAUUAACUUCAUCUUGUGGGAGCAAGAGCAUUCAAGAAUACAAUUUUGAUUUCCUAGCGGGUUAGAACCUACAACUGCAACAUUCAGUGUAUUUUGGUGUAAUGUGAAUUCUGUAAACAGUCAUCGUUUUGCCACCAGUCUAAAGCGUUGUCCUACCACAGAAGUUGUGAUUGUGAAAAUGUUUCUGUAUAUGACGAGCAUCAUCAUUACAGAACCACCAGCUCCAAAACAUUUUAUAAAAGGGUGCAGCUCAGAAGCAACUACCUGACCAUGUGCAUUUGCCAAUGUUAAUAGUCAUUUUUUCAGCUUUAUGCUUUGUGUAACAGAUGUCAACAUAGCAACGACACUUUGAAAGGUCGAAUAACCAGUAUUUUAAUCAAGGGAACAACAAGAUUGGGCUAUUCCUGCAUUGCUUAUACUGAAUUUUCCACAUGCUUAAUUUACAGUAUAAAACACAUUUUCUCCGUGUUUAAGAUGCUAACUGCAGAGUUAAUGAUUAAUAAUACCUUUGUUAUGUCACCAGCAAUAUUAGUUAUUAAAUGUCUCAUGCUUUGUACUUACUCAUGUACAUUACUUGCGUAUUAACAGUCCUAUAAUGAGGUUAUUUUUCUACAUAUGGGAAUUAUAUAUUCCAUGCCACCCACACUUAUUUUUAAUGAAUUAUCAUGCUACUGAAUUUCAGCCAAUGUAGGUGCAGUCAUGCCAGUGUCCUGGUCACUCUUUGGGGUAAUAACUUUGCUAAGAUUAUUAAAUGCACAUGGAAAGAUGGAAGGGAAUGGGCCUACUAAUUAUGCAGUAUAAAAUCAACUUUUUUUCUGUUCUAUUUGUUUAUUGAAUAGUUUAGAAACAGUAUGAUUAUACCUUUGUCACCAUAUGCAUUAUAGUGGAUGUACAGAUCUGUCUACUUUUACAAAAUAUGUGAGGCAACUGGGUUGGUUUAGACUGUGAAAUUCUAAAACAGAUAUGAGAAACAGUAUGGAAAAGUGAAACGAUGGCAAAAUCUUUACCGAUUCUUGAAUAACCUUGUCUUGCAUGCAGGCUAUCAGUUUAAUGUGCACUGACUGUUCGCAUUUACCGUUUCAUUUGCACUUCACUUUUGUGCCUGGUUGAGGUCAGUCAAAAAACUAUUUGUUAGUUUCCUGUGUUACGCGCGGUAAUAGUGCAAAUUCCAAGAACUCUCUAUAUUCCAGUUUUGCCUUGUAACUUUAAUGGAUGCUUUUAACAAAUUUAUAUUCUGAACUCUUUUAUAGAACUAACAUACAAAACAAGGUUGACCCAAGAACUUUUUUUGUACACUUUCCCUUAUAUAAUAACAUACAAAAAACAAAUAUCCGUUUUUCAUGCAACAGGCUUGUUAUUCUGUACAGUGGUAUUUUUACCUCGUAUGCGGUCAUUUUACGUCCACAGAAAGUAUCCCGUUCCGCACAGUGGCACUGCUGCUCUCACGUUAUUUGGCACAAAGACAUACACUUGGUGUUCUAGUACCAAAAAGUUUUCCUAUCAUUUUAUUAAUUGUUGUGUUUUAACAUCUAAAUUACCCUGGAAACAAUGACCGCUAGAGUCCAAGCAGGGUUCGGAGGGUGGCGGCUGGGCUCGUCUUUUAAUGGACGUUUUUUAUAAAGAUGUUGAUGGAUACAUUCACACAGUUUAUGGAUACAGCUACACUUCUAUAACAAAACCAGCUAUGUAAUUUUUCCUCUAUCACACUGACAUCAAAAAUCAGGACAUUUGAUUAAGGUAAAUGCAAAUCAACUGAAAAGGCAAAUUCAGUUCUGUUAUUAAUUGAUGCUUUUUUUU